AUGUACUCUCUCAAGUCCCUCCUCGUCCUGCUCGUCGCGAGCCUUUCUGUGGCCAUUGUCGCCGCCCGAAGCAGCUCUGGAAGCAGAGGAAGCAGCUUCGGUAGUCGCAGCUCGGGCAGCAGCUUCGGCGAGGCCUUCUGGCAAGGCGCCUAUUCGUGGGAUACCUAUCAUUGGCCCAAGACACCCGGUUCCAAGUCGCAGUUCGUCGCGGACAAUGCUGCAAAGAUGUGGAAGAACCGACCUGCGCAAGCGCAGGCGGCCAUCUGCUUCAACGGCUCGUGGAGGGUCAAGAAUCCAGACCAGGUCAGCCCCGCCAUGACGGUCACCUACUUUGUCAAGAAGAACUUGGGCCUCACCAAAAAGGCACUCAUGUACGACUGUCUCUACAUUUGGGGUCCCAACCAGUCGUGGUGGAGCUGGGAUGACGCCGACGACGACAAGAUGGCUCACGUCAUCGACGAUUCCAAGUGCACCUACAACAGCACCACCUGGGACAUCGACUGCAUCUGA